AUGACUGAGGUCUCACCCGCACAGGAUUCAUCUGCAGCAGCAGCACAGACAGCCAGCAAGACUGUCUUCCAUGACCCACAGGACUUCACCGUCAAGCAUCCCUUGAUCAACAAGUGGACGCUUUGGUACACCAAGCCACCCACGCCAGGUCAGCGCGGUGCAGAGGCAUGGGCGGACAAUCUCAAGGAAGUCAUCUCCUUCGACAGCGUCGAAGAUGUCUACAACAAUAUUGCAAAGGCAACAGAGCUCUCGCAAAAGUCAGACUACCACCUUUUCAAGCAUGGCGUGCGACCCGAAUGGGAGGACAAGCAGAACCAAAAGGGCGGCAAGUGGGCAUUCCAGAGCAAAGGCGCAUCCAAGGAACACCUCGAUGAUAUGUGGCUCUACAGUAUGCUGGCGGCAAUUGGAGAGACGCUCGAGCGAGAGCAAGACAACGAAGUGAUGGGUGUCGUGGUCAAUAUCCGCAAAGGGCACUGGCGUAUCUCUGUGUGGACGCGUACCUGCUCCAACCGCGACGGGCUCAUGGAAGUUGGCAGGCGCUUCAAGGAGAUUCUGCGUCUUCCACCAAAUGAGACACUCGAGUUUGCCUCGCACAAUGACUCGGCACACUCCGGGUCAUCGCGUGCCAAAGCCAAGAUGUCGGUGUGA